AACAUGGAAGUCAGGUCAGGAUAAACAUAAGGGCAGUUUUCACAAUUAUCCCCAAGCAAAGAUGCUAUGUCUCUUCUUCUUAUAGUCGAUAUGAAGGAAUGUAAGGUAUCAAUUGGUACGAAAGUUUUAUGCACUUUAAGCUCCGGCGGUAUGGACUACUUGCUCCGACCCAGACUUAAGCUUGCCAUACCUACGACCUUUUACCAGUGACAGAAAUUGAGGACGUCUGGAUAUUACCUGUUUUUGUUUAUGUAAAAAUACGCUGAAUAACAUCUUAUCAUGAUAAAUGUUUCAGUUAUGACAUCAUGAGGAGCUGUUGGCAUCCAAACCCAAAAGAGAGACCGACGUUCGGGGAGCUUGAGAAGCUCAUAGAUGGUUUGUUGUCAGCGGAAGCUGACUACCUAGAGAUACAUGACGAUUUGCCGGUAGAGGAGGAAGCACCUUAUGACGAGGUUCGCUUCAGUCGAAUUCCGGAAGAAUUUCUCGCCACGCCAGAAGCGCCUGUACAAGACUCCCCACGGUCCCAACCAGCCCUGGAUACUGAAACUAACGGUGACGUGGCAAGCGCGCAGAUCGAGAAGGAUGAUCAUGAAAGUAUUGAGGGCAAAGGAGAGGACGAUACUGCGUUUUAAUGUAACAACGCUAUUAAACCUUCCACUUCUGGGCCAGUCUGUGUGGAAAAGGGACAUUUCCAUGGGCAUUAAUUUGUAACUGCAAUAAUGUAAUUAAUAACAGGUGGAGAAAUUGAUAGCACUUUUUAACAGUUGAGGUAGCAGUAGCACCCAUCCUCCUUCCUCCCCCGCCUAGAUUAAAGAUGUGAAUAUGGAAAUCUGCUCUACCAGCAGUCACAUUUUAUUCCUUAGCGAAACAUUUAUAAGGCUUUACACAGGAUAAGGUUAACACAACAGUUUCACUGAAUUGAUCAUCACUUCUGAAAAGGAGCAAAGGAGAGGUUUUCUUUGUUCUUCAGCGACCAAAACAAAUUAUUGUUAGGUAACUUCUGCAAUUGCACACUAGUCACAAUUUUUUUUUAUUUUUAUGUGGCAAUAAGACAUACAUAUGUGAACAAACCGCAGAUGUAACUGUGCAUAGAUAUUGUCAAUACAAGGAGUGUUGUGCCCAUUCCAGCUAACACUAAAAAGCAGUCGACGUAUUUUCCUUAAUUUAGUUUUCGACGGCAUUGCUGAAGAUCUUACUUGGGGUUAAAUUCUCUUUGUUUCUGAUGCCCAUCUUAUAUUGACAUCAAAGCAGAUUACAGCAAAUAGUUACCUUCCGUUAACAGAACGCCCUGUUAACAGGUAAAGAGAUGUCACUUACCGCUUUUACAUUCUAAUCACCCUUCGCUUAGAAAAAAGUAGUUUUUAGCUUUCGUUUGAGCUGCGUACUCUCAUGGGACUGAUUUCAGAAGAAGAACUCCUGAAAUGUAACUUAAUACGUCAUUUUUUGUGCAUUAAAUUUUAACUUGGUCUCGAGGAAUGAAACAAAACAAACCACAUCGAGGUCGAGAACCCAGUGAGAAUUGUGAUAUAUCAAAAUUGGCCUAUUCAACCAGCCAACAUGUUAUUGCAGUAGCUUGAAUUCAAGCGGCCACCUAAGAGCAUUGAUACAGCAGUAAAAUCUCAUUACAAUUUCCGUUCGGUCUAAAACUGUUAGAAUCACGUCUCAAAUGUUCCGUCCAGUUCUAAUGACAAAAAAACUUGGAACCGUUCCUAGCGUUUAUGAAGUUGCAGAGCGUUUAGUGUCUUGAAAGGAAUUAUUUUGCAUAAUGUUAAAUAUUUGUAAUAAAACAAAUAUGUGUGCCUUAAAUAAAGCAUUAAAGCAGUA